AUGUUCAAACACACGGUUGCGAAGCUCUCCCACCUUCUUUGGGUUUUCCCCCUCCUCACACUUGGCCAGCAAGCUCCCCUAGGGCUACCAUAUACCGUGAGCAAUGUCACUCUCCCCAAUGGCAUCCAGAUGUUCUAUCGAGAAGCUGGCCCUCCCAACGCCACGACCCUCCUGCUCCUACACGGCUUCCCUUCGUCGUCUCACCAGUUUCGAAACUUCAUCCCGAUCCUGGCUGCACACAACUAUCACGUCAUCGCCCCCGACUACCCUGGCUUCGGCUUCACGGUGGUGCCCGACUCGUUGAACUUCACAUACAAUUUCGAGACUCUAACCCAGACCGUCGCUUCGUUUCUUGACGCAAAGAACAUCACGACCUUUGUUCCCUACAUGCACGACUAUGGGGGACCGAUCGGCUUCCGACUCGCCCUGCAGCGGCCUCAGUCCAUCCUGGCCUUCAUCUCGCAGAAUGCCAACGCCUAUAUCGAAGGGUUUGGAGCCACCUUUUGGCCUCCGAUCUUUGCCCUCUGGAACGCGACCACGCCCGCACAAUUCCAGGCUGCAGCGACCCCGAUCAACGACACCGCAUUGACCCUGGCGGGGUUCAAGUCGCAGUACACCAUCGGGAGCGCCCACCCGGAAAGCAUCGAGCCCGAGUCAUACUGGCUGGACUUCUCCCUGAUGGACGAGCAAGUCGGAAACCGGGACAUCCAGAUCGACCUGCUCGCCGACUACGGCUCCAACGUGCCUCUGUACCCACAGUUCCAGGCGUAUUUCCGCCAGAAGCAGCCGAAGCUGCUGGCAGCGUGGGGUAAGAACGAUAUCGUCUUCGUUCCCCCUGGGGCCCAGGCCUUCAAGAAGGACCUGCCCGACGCCGACGUCGUUUUACUGGAUGCAGGCCAUUUCCUGCUCGAAACUAACCUGGCGCAGAUGUUGGGCAUUGUGUUGGACUUUUUGAAGAAGACUCUCUAG